CUUAUAUAUUGUAUUUAGGCUAAUUAAGCCUCUUUUUUUUGCUAAUUGACACACAGUCAUAGUGUUCAUUAGAGACGUUUACACCAUGGAGAAACUUCACUGCACGCGCGGUGUCGGUCUGCAGCGCGUGAGGAGCUCGGAGCUGCAGAGAUGCGCGCGACAUGUGUUAGCAUCAGCAGCACGCAGCACACAGAAAACACCGGGCAAGAGGCUUUUGCGGUGUGUUUACCGCCUAAUGUGAUCGAAAGACGCCGGGGGUUUGUUGUUUACAGGAGUCGGAGGAAGGCUAAAAAGAAAUGCUGCAGUUUGAGACAUUGCUUCUGAGACAGUUGCAGAAGCAGCAGAACAGGGAUGAGUUCUGUGACACUGUCCUUCAAACUCAAGGUGUGUCAGUGCCAGUACACAGCUGUGUGCUGUCUGCCUUCAGUCCCAGGCUCUAUGGCACUCUAUCCUCCAUGCCAGUACCCAUGGCUGGGCAGAGACGGCUAAUCGAGCUCCAGGCUGUGGAUGCCUGCACUCUGCUUAGCUUGGUUAGUCUGCUCUACUCAGGUCAGUUACAUGAGAACAGAGAGCAGGUCCUCUCAGCUGCACAAACAUUGGGCAUUGUGUUACCUCAGUGGCAAGAAGAAAGACAUGGAGGAAAAGUGGGAAGAAGAAAAAAGAGAGAGGAUUCUGAACAAGAGAUAGAGAAAGAGGUGGAUGCCAGAGAGUGGGAUGAUAGGCUAACCGGAAGAAUGGACGAGGGCAGUGGAGGACAGAAAGAGAAGAUAAGAGAGAGUGGUACACAGACUGAGUGUGGGAGAGAAACAGAUGAGAGAGGUGCACAAACAGAUCUGGCAUGCUCAGAGCCUCAGAGCAUCCAGACUAUUUAUCUGAUUGACCAGUCGAUAUGCUCCACCAACCAGGAGCUUGGCAGUUACAUGGAUAUCCAUGAUACGGCAUUGGCAUUGCAGGCAAUCCAUCCAGAAAGGAAAUCGUCCACUUGUGAUGUGUUAGCCGUGGCCUCUGAGACAGGAGAUUGUCACACAGUGAGUGAAUCUGCCUGUGUAUCCCAAAUCUACCUAUAUUCCUUGGAAACCUCAUACCACCAACCUUCCACUUCUGUCACUCUCCACCCUCAUAAUGGCUUUUUGGACCAAUCAAUGGUUGUGCCAGCUGCUGGAGCUGAUGCAAUAAAUGAUCUAAAACAGUUUGAAGGAAAUAUACCUGGUUUCAUAAGCCACUUUCUGGAUUCCACUGACUCCCAAAAUAUAGGGAGAAUGGGACAGGGCUGUGCAAGAGAAGGGGCCAAAGAAGAGCAAGUGGUUAAGAGAGCAAGAGCAAGGUCAACAGGUGGAGGGUCAGUGAGAGAAUGGGUAAGAUGGAUAGGAGGAGGAAGAGGAGGAAGGAGACAAAGGCGCAUGGAAAGGUGGGGAUUGGUGGCAAGGUUAGCAUGGCGGGGUCAGGGUGGGGGUAGAGUCGGCAGACUGCUGGAAACCAGAUCAACAGGGAAGAACCCAAUGAGAACAUUCCAGAGACGGCGAGGCAGAGAGGCAUUUGUGGAAGCAGGAGAGGCAAGAGGAAGAGGCAGGCACAGGGAGAAAGGCAAGACAGGCACAAUUGCAGGCAGUGAGGAGCAGAAUGACCCUCCACGCAAGCGCAGGCCAAGAGGCCGUCCUCGUGUACGCCCACUUCCUCCUGCUUCCCGCAGUUUCUCAACAAUGACAUCAACCAAACAGGACACUCUGGAUCCUACAGAACUUGACCUGUUACACACUGUGACCCCCACGCCAGCUGUUCAGAUGGAGCCCAUUCAGCCCAUUGACACACUCCUAGAUGACAUCAUGACAGGCCUCCAUUUUCUACCCCCAGCAGAAAAUCAAACCAAUCAACAUGGCCUUAUGAACACCACAACUUCCAGGGGUCCACCCAUUUCAAAGGCUAUGUAUCCCAACAGUCAGUCUGUAAAAUCCACAGAUCCAAAGCAGCAUCUGGAAGGCGAAAUCAGUGAUAUCCUCGAUCACUUUCUGAGGACCUUUGAACAGCAAGUCGGUUGCUGUGGUUUAGAUGCAGGAGAUGAGACAUCGCAAGACAAAUUGGAUGCAGGCAGUGGCGAAUCAGACCCCAGCACUGAUCCAUGGAGCAGCACUCCUAAAACAUAUUCACAGCUACAACCGCACAACCCACACCUUCACCAUCAAAAACCACAAGCAAACGUUUUACACACCUCAAGCACACUGAGCACCCAACCGCCAUUUACAUAUAGGGUGAACCCAUCAGUAGCAGAAAAAACCAAUGCCCAAGAUGGCCAGAUACAUGGGUCAGAAAUGGAGAAACCAUCCACAGACCAGAACAUUGUGCAACAGUUCGAAAACCGAAGGCUGACUAGGAGCCAGAGCAUGAAGAGAAAACUGGAAACAGCCUUAAUUAGCCUUCAAAACCCGGAUAAGAGGAAGUGCAAAGAAAAACAGAGUGCUGACACUAAGAAGAAAAGACAAAGGGAUGAUCGAGGGCGAUCUGAAGCAUGUGCGAAUAAAAGUGGAGUGAAUAACUUGAACAAAAACAACAAAAAUAGGGCUACACGAGCUCGCAUUGACGAAAGGCAAAAACAAGCAAGUGCAACAGAGAGGAGACAUGGAGUGAACAGGUCUGGUAGAAGGAAGAAGAGUGUUGAAAAUAGAAGUCACAAAAUGGAUGUUUUUUAUGAAAGGAAGAAGAGCCCCCAAGAAGGAAGACCUGGAAUUAAUGGCUGUGGUGAGACGAAGAAGAAUGUUGGAAAAGGUUAUGUAGAGGCAGAACGUAUAUCUAAUGGUCAAUCGUCUGAAAAGAGCCAAAUAGGAGGAACCUGUUUUGAGAUAGCUUCUUCAGCUAUGGAGAAGGUGAGAAUGCUUCUACAGCUCCAAGGUGAGGAAGAGGAUGAAAUAGCAAAUGAGAGUGUGGGAAUACAUGGGGAAAAUAAAGUAGGAAAUGGAAGAUUGGUCAAUCAUAAAAGUAUAUCUGGAGCUGAAGAAAGACUCGCUGUUGAAAACGGUUUGCAUGGUCAUCUUGGAGAGAUUCAGGAGCCAGAAGACGAAGGAAGAAUAAUAGUUAACGGAGAGGGUGAGGGACAGGAGAGAAUAAGCAGUAUAGUAGAAGUGAGCCAGAGGCAAGAAGAAGAAGAAAGAAUGGCCAUUGGACUGAGGCAGGAAGAACUGAUGACUGAAGAAUGCAGCGUGCCCUUUCAACUGAAUCUGCCUUCAAAUGCAGUUUUUUCAGCUAAAGAAGGAAACAACAACAAUGAGACUACUCUCAACACUACAGAAUCAGUCACAAACGUAUUAGAUUCAUGGCCGGGUGAUGUAGUGUCAGCUCUACGUGUACAUUUGCUCCAGAGAGAAGUCGUGCCACCUUCUACCCAAAGCACCAUGCACAAAACAGCUGACUUAACUUUGGACGUAGGAGAUGCACCUCGGUUGACGUCUACAGCACAACUCUCACACACACAACCUUGCCAAGAGCGUCUCAGCCCACACAUGUCCACAAAAGACUUGCUGCAGUUGGCAGGGAGUUCUGUGGAUGAAGAAGAAGAUGUGGAUGUGCUAGAGGUGUCCAGCCCAACCUCUGAGCUGCCUGCUGUGCCGACUGUGUUCUUGGGGGUGGAUCUGAGCACCGAGGAGGAGGAGGUGGACGAAGAUGUUGAGAUUGAUGUACUUGGUCUACAAUCAGAUUAGCUAUUCCGCAGGACUCCCACACACUCCACUGAUCUGCUGUGAUGAGAGUUAAUGGAGGGAACAGAUAUAGAAAUCAAGUCCUGCAUAUUUUUAUAUGUCACUCAGGUUCGCCACACCUGAGAUUAGAUGUUGGACUUCACAUCAUGUCUGUAACCACACAAAAAAGUUUAAGUUUUAUUUGUUUUAAGCCAGAUAUGCUGAACAAGUCUGUUUAUUCCAUCUGGUUUCCUUUUAAGACUGUAGUGGCAGAAAAAAAAAAUGGACAAAGUGCAAGAUUUGUAUGGCUGGUUUAAUAAUUUUGGACUUUUGCAGGUGAGGACAGUUUAGUUUAUUAUGUUUAAUGUCAAGGUUUAAGGCAGGAGUUCUACAUGUGACUGUUAGUCUCUGUUGCACCACUGUUUAUGUGCCUAUAAUCAUAAUCCACUCAACUAAUUUUCUUAGCGUUCAGCAAUUUAAUUCCUUGUUUGUAAGCUUUUGUUGUGUUUAAGAUUAAACCAUUGAUUUGUAA